AUGUGUUCAAAAAUAAGAUUUAAUGUGUUUUUAUUGGGUAACGAAUGCAGUCAAAUUACUGGUGGAAAAUUGCCGUCCAUUAAGCAGGUUUUAUUAGUUUUUUCCUACAAUUUACAAGUUGUUAAAAUAAACAUACGUGAAAGUCCUCGUCUCGCUGUACGUGAAAUAGUAAUAUUUUGGGAAAAAGCAAGAAUUCCUGUACAAGAAAUUCAGCAUUGUAUAUAUAAGCUUGAAAAAUUAUAUUAUGAAUGGAGAACAGUUCAAAAAAAUUCUACAAAAAGAACCGAAUGUCAAAUUAAAAAAGAAGUGGUGUUCACCUCAAAAUUGGAUGAUUUAUUUGACAUUGCACAUGCGAACGCAUUAAAUAUGUUAGGUGUCCAGGAAGAUAGAGAUUUUUUACUUCUCCAAAGGGAAAAAAGACGGAAGGGCUAUAUGAUGGGAGUUGAUACUAAAUUGUUCCAAGCUGAAAAGUAA